ACUGAAAUUCUUCGUCUCUUUCACUGUCUAAUGAAAAACCCAUAUACCUGCAACUCCCUUCAAGUUCGUUACUACUACUCUCCAGUCUCUGCUUCUUGAUUUGAGCUAUGAUCUUCUGCAGAACCCUAAUUCGGUAAAGAUUUCCCUUUCAUAAUGGAGGAUUCGGAGGGCGUUCUCAGCUUCGAUUUCGAGGGCGGCCUCGAUGCCGGCCCCACUAACCCCGCCGCCACCUCCUCCUUGCCCAUAAUCCAGUCAGAUUCUUCUUUCCUCCCCGCCGCUUCCGCCGUCUCCAACUCCGUUGUCGGCGCCGUCGGUCCUGCUGUUACAGCUGAUGCUCCUGGCGCCCCAACCGGCAACGUCGGAAAUCGGAGGAGCUUCCGGCAAACGGUUUGCCGUCAUUGGCUUCGAAGCCUCUGUAUGAAGGGUGACGCCUGUGGCUUCCUUCACCAGUAUGAUAAGUCUCGGAUGCCCAUUUGCCGGUUCUUCCGUCUCUAUGGCGAGUGCCGUGAGCAGGAUUGCGUGUACAAACAUACCAAUGAAGAUAUUAAGGAGUGUAAUAUGUACAAGUUUGGUUUCUGUCCAAAUGGUUCUGAUUGUCGAUAUAGGCACGCAAAGCUGCCUGGACCUCCACCUCCAGUGGAAGAAAUCCUUCAGAAAAUACAGCAAUUAGGUUCAUACAAUUAUGGUUCCUCAAACAAAUUCUUUUCACAACGUGGAGUUGGCUUAUCCCAACAGAAUGAAAAAUCUCAGAUUCCUCAGGGUCCGGCCCCUGUUACUCAAGGAGUUUUAGGAAACCCUUCUGCAGCAGAAUCUGCUGAUGUCCAACAGCCGCAAGCUCAACAGACUGCACAACAAACCAGCCAGACUCAGACACAAGGUCUUUCUAAUGGCCAGCCCAAUCAACUAAACACAACUGCAACGUCUUUGCCUCCAGGAAUAUCUAGGUACUUUAUUGUUAAAAGUUGCAACCGAGAGAAUUUGGAAUUAUCUGUACAACAAGGGGUAUGGGCAACUCAAAGAAGCAAUGAAGCCAAACUUAAUGAAGCUUUUGAUUCUGCUGAUAAUGUUAUUUUGAUUUUCUCAGUCAAUCGGACUCGGCAUUUUCAGGGUUGUGCAAAGAUGAUGACCAGAAUUGGUGGAUCUGUCAGUGGAGGCAAUUGGAAAUAUGCACAUGGAACUGCACAUUAUGGGCAAAACUUUUCACUCAAAUGGCUGAAGUUAUGUGAACUAUCCUUCCAGAAAACUCGUCAUUUGAGGAAUCCAUAUAAUGAAAACUUACCAGUAAAGAUCAGUAGAGACUGCCAAGAGCUAGAGCCCUCUAUUGGUGAGCAGCUGGCUUCUUUGCUUUAUCUUGAGCCAGAUGGUGAACUCAUGGCCGUCUCAGUAGCAGCAGAAUUAAAACGAGAAGAGGAGAAAGCUAGGGGAGUUAAUCCUGGCAGUGGAAGUGAGAACCCAGAUAUUGUCCCGUUCGAGGAUAACGAAGAAGAGGAAGAGGAAGACAGUGAAGAGGAGGAGGAGGAGGAGAGCCUUGGCCAGUCCGUUGGUUUACCAGCUCAGGGCAGAGGAAGGGGCAGGGGAAUCAUGUGGCCUCCACAUAUGCCAAUGGGACGUGGUCCUAGACCCUUUCAUGGAAUGCCGGGUUUUCCACCUGGGAUGAUGGGUCCGGAUGGGCUGCCUUAUGGUCCUGUUACACCUGACGGAUUUCCCAUGCCUGACAUGUUUGGUAUGGCUCCUCGUGGCUUUGGUCCAUACGGUCCUAGGUUUCCCGGUGAUUUUAUGAGUCCCCCAGCUGCUAUGAUGUUCCGUGGACGACCUUCUCAACCUGGGGUCAUGUUCCCUCCUGGUGGAUUUGGGAUGAUGAUGGGUCAAGGACGUGGUCCCUUUAUGGGUGGGAUGGGGGUUCCUGGUCCUAACCCAGCUCGACCUGGUCGUCCUAUGGGUGUGUCUCCGUUGUAUCCACCUCCUGCAUUACCAUCAUCUCAAAACAUCAAUCGAGCUGUUAAGAGGGACCAAAGGGGACCGGGUAGUGAUCGGAAUGAUAGAUAUAUUACGGGUCCAGACCAAAACAAGGGCCAGGAGAUGCCUAGACAUGAUGAAGAAAUGCAAUAUAAGCAGGCAAAAACUUAUCCUGAUGAGCAAUAUGGGAUAGGAACCACCUCUAGGAAUGAAGAAAGUGAAAGUGAGGACGAGGCACCUCGACGAUCGAGGCAUGGAGAAGGGAAGAAGAAGCGGAGAGGCUCAGAAGGAGGAGAUGCAACUGCAAUCUCUGAUCAGUGAUUACUUGUAGUUAGUUACAUCCGACCUGGGACGUCUUCCUGCUUAGGAGAGACAUCGUUGAACUUGAUGUUGUUGUUGUAAGUUCUAAAACUGGAGUACUCAUUUUUCUCUCUUUUCAUUUUACACCUUCCAUUUUAGGUAACUUUUUGUGAGCAGAGUCAUAAUUCAUACAAUGAUUUACAAAUCUGUAAAAGAACUUUCAGGUAAUGGGAAGAAUAUCAUAAAGUCGAUAUUGGAUGA